AUGCCCAAUGUCCUUUGGAUAAAACAUGUCAGCAAUGAAGGGCCAGAGCUGACGUGCAGUCUAACACACCUUGGUCAAACCGUUCGUAUUGCAGGUAUGCUGGACACAGGGGCGGACAUCACUGCAAUUUCUCGUGCAUCCCGGCUGUGCAAUUGGAAUUUGGUGACAGCCAUGGGUGCUCUCGCCGGAAUUGGAGGAGCUGUCUUGUGUCUGCAGAGUGAACUCAUGAUUACUGUUACAGGUCCCAAGGCAAGGACAGCAACCAUCCGUCCCUUCGUGGUGCAGAAGCCCAUCACAGUACGGGGGAGAGACGUGUUGUCCCAGUGGGGAGCAAAGAUAGAAGUGGAUUUUUGA